CUCAGUCGAGGUGGGAGAGGUUGUCAGCUGGUUCCGGUCGGGGAUGGCUCGGGUGUGAGGGUGUGCGUGCGUGAGUGCGUGUGUUAGUCGCUGCGUCAGGAGCCCGAUACCGUCGCUGCCGCCGCCGCCGCUGCCACACUCCCUGCUUCUCCCGACCAGUGUGUGAGCGGUAGUGGGUGCGGGAGGACGGAGCGUGUGAGACCAAUCGAUCCCUGCCACUGCGGUAAUCCGGUUCGCCGCUCCGUCGCUGGCAAGACAAGAGGUUGGAUCGGACGUCUGCUGUGAGCGGCAGGAAAAACACGGCUCCAACCAGGCCAUCCGGCGCCGCCUGUUGGGUGCCCGUACACACGCAGGCGUGGACGCGGCACACAGUGGAUGAUCCAGCCAAGUGAGUGGAUCUGCCGAGGACACAUGCAGAUCCAUCUACGCUAAGGCGCCUUGGGCGUGGGCGUCCGUCAGAAGGAGCCGUGAUGCCCAGUGCCCGGCGCCCCGGCGUCGGGGACCGUUAGCCAUCACAAGUGUGUCAAGAUAAGAGAGCAGUUCAGACUGAAGCGCGGCGGAGGCUCGUGGGAUGCAGGAGGUGGGCUCGGGGCGGCCUCAGCCAAAGUGACCCCUCCGCCAUGCGUCCCCCGGGCCCACUGCUGCUGUUGUUGGCCGCCGCCGCCGCUGCCACCGCUGAUGAUUGUCGAGAAAUCUGCUCCUGCAAAUGGAAAAACGGAAAACAAACGGCAGAGUGUCGCCAGAAACAGUUACACACGUUGCCUAAUGAUCUCAGUGUAGGAACCCAAGUGUUGGAUCUCUCUUAUAACUUGAUUCAGCGCCUACCAAGAAGAGCCUUCGCAGAGAAAGGACUAACCAACCUUCAAAAGAUCUUCCUGAGGACUUGUCAACUGGCGGAGAUAGACAAUGAGGCACUCGCGGAGUUGAGCAACCUGGUGGAGCUGGACCUGAGUAAGAACCGUCUGCGCACCAUCCCCAGCCCGAGCUUCAAACACACGCCUUCACUCCGCGAGCUGUGGCUGGCCCAUAACCCCAUCCAAGUGAUUCUCGCAGACGCCUUCAUCCACCUCACCUCCCUCAGGACUCUAGAUCUCUCCCACUGCAUCAUUCGAGACAUCGUUGCCCACGCCUUCCAGCCGCUUGAAAAGCUAGAAAAACUGAAGCUGGCCUUCAACAGACUGACAGAGUUGCGGCCUCGAUUAGUGGAAAGCCUGCGCAACCUUCAUGAGGUGACAGUGCACAACAACCCGUGGAACUGCGACUGCCGCCUGCGGAAACUGCGUGAGUGGUUGGUGGAGAAGAAUGUUCCGCACGAAGUGUCCCCGGUGUGCGCCAAGCCUGACCGUAUACAGAAUCGAACCUUUGAUGAGAUGGGCGAGCACGAGUUUGCGUGUCCGCCCGAAAUUCUGCCCAACGUGAGUCACACUGUACGCGGCACAGCGGGUGGGAACGUGACGGCUUGGUGUCCCGUAGGAGGCCUGCCCACCCCCCGUGUGUUGUGGUUUGUGCGUGACGUGUUGGUGCACAAUGAGUCUCUUCUAGGGGAAGGAGGCGCCCGUGUCUUCAUCGCCAACAUGAAUGAGGGCGAGCGAGGGAGCCUCCUGCUACUGUCUGGGGUGCGAGUGGAGGACUCCGGCGUUACCAUCCGCUGCGACGCCACCAACGCCGCCGGCACCGACUCGGCCGCCUUCCGCCUGGUGGUGUCUCCCGGGUCCUCUCUCGGGUUUUCAAUGGACAAGGUGGCUGCAGUGUCCUCGGUGGCAGUGGUGGUUGUGCUGAUACUGGUGGGGGUGCUGUCCGUAGUGGCGCACCGUCGCCGUGCCAACAGUGCGGUGCCAGUCAAGACCAUUACUGUGAACGGUGCAACAGAGACGCGGCUCGCCAACCUCCCCUACACCCCUUCGGCCUACGUUGGCGGCUCGGUGGUGUACACGAAGGAUAAUUCUAACUUGCUGUGCGAGAAGGACCAUUCCUCAGACGGCGAGGCUGCAGAGUGCUGCACCACUGACGAGGAAAGCCAACAUUCCUUGUGCAGCGUUGGGCCGCGGUUGGGUGGACACAGUCGCAGCCUGGAUGGCGACAAGGCCACCCUAGGCUGUCCUUUCGACGCGAUGUGGGAGCCGGAGCGCGUGCAGGCCAUGCUGGACUCGGCGGCGCCGGAAAACGUGAUGCACUCCUCCCUGCACGAGCCGCUGGGACCAAACUGCAACGCCAUGGUGCAGCAGAGACUCAUGUCCUCUUCACAACGCCACCUCAAUAACCGGCUCUCCUACCUGCCGGACUUCGCGCCAGACUACUCAGCGCUGUACACCUUCAGUCAGGUGGGGUCAGGCCCGGCAUACGCCACCUCCACCUCCACCUCCCACUACGGCACCAUCCCGCGCUCCGUCAAGGUGCGAUCCUGCGUGCCUGAGGUCAUCCCCGGGGACGGCACGCCGCCCAUGAACCAUCAAUCGCGGGCGUGGUACUUCGGGUCAGGGAGCGCCUCGCUGUCAUCCUC